AUGUCGUCCCAUCCCGCCUGGCGUGCACUGCACCACAGUGCCAAGCGUCGUGCCUUCCAGCCCGCUACUCCCUACCGCUGCUUCUCCUGCACUCGCCAAACCCAGAACCAGUUCAAGUCCGAACAGGACCGCAUGACACACUUCGGCUUCACCAAUGUGCCUGAAUCCGAGAAGGAUCGGCGCUGUCUUCAGCUCCGUCGCAUCUUCCUACGACACAAUGAACGACCUGAUGUCCCUUGGAAUCCACCGCCUGUGGAAAGACCACUUCGUGCGCUCCCUGAACCCGGGCUCCCCCUCCCCGCCGGCCCGCACCGCAAAGGAUGGAACAUCCUCGACAUCGCCGGCGGGACCGGCGACAUCGCAUUCCGCAUGCUCGACCACGCAACCAACAUCAACCACGACAUCGAAACCCGCGUGACCAUCUCCGACAUCAACGCCGACAUGUUAGCCGAAGGCCGUAAGCGCUCAGUCAACACUCCCUACUACAAUACGCCGCGACUUGACUUCGUCGAGGCCAACGCCGAGCAUAUGCCUCAUAUCCCGAGUGCGUCAGUGGAUCUGUACACCGUUGUGUUUGGGAUUCGCAACUUCACGGAUAAGCAGGCUGCGCUGAAUGAGGCCUACCGUGUGCUGAAGCCCGGUGGUGUUUUUGCCUGCAUGGAGUUCAGUAAGGUGGAUAACCCUGUCUUUGAUGCUAUUUACAAGCGUUGGAACUUCAGUGCGAUUCCCAUGAUCGGACAGCUUGUUGCUGGGGAUCGGGAUAGUUAUCAGUAUCUUGUUGAGAGUAUUGAGCAGUUCCCGAGUCAGGAUGAGUUCCGGGGUAUGAUUCAGAAGGCUGGGUUUAUGAUCCCUGGAAAGGGGUAUGAGAACUUGACUGGUGGCAUUGCUGCUAUUCACAAGGGUAUCAAGCCUAUUGUGAAGGUGUAA